CGAGCAAGCGCAGCCGAACCCAAUCCACAGCUCUUUCCAGGCGGGAAGACUCCCCCCACCCCCGACUCUGUACCCCCAGCUGCAACCCACUCGGCCUGCGGGCAUCUGCUGCGCAUCCUGCUCGGGACGUCCGCGCAACCUCGAUGUUCCAGCUGCCCAUCUUGAAUUUCAGCCCCCAGCAAGUGGCCGGGGUAUGCGAGACCCUGGAGGAAAGCGGCGAUGUGGAGCGCCUGGGUCGCUUCCUGUGGUCGCUGCCCGUGGCCCCGGCGGCCUGUGAAGCCCUCAAUAAGAAUGAGUCGGUGCUGCGCGCGAGAGCCAUCGUGGCCUUCCACGGUGGCAACUACCGCGAGCUUUACCAUAUCCUGGAAAAUCAUAAGUUUACUAAGGAAUCGCACGCCAAGCUACAGGCACUGUGGCUUGAAGCGCAUUACCAGGAGGCAGAGAAGCUGCGUGGACGGCCCUUGGGGCCGGUAGAUAAGUACCGGGUAAGGAAGAAGUUCCCGCUGCCGAGGACCAUUUGGGAUGGCGAACAGAAGACGCACUGUUUUAAGGAGCGCACGAGGCACCUGCUUCGCGAGUGGUACCUUCAGGAUCCAUAUCCCAACCCCAGCAAAAAGCGCGAGCUCGCCCAGGCAACUGGACUGACCCCCACGCAGGUGGGCAACUGGUUCAAAAACCGCCGACAAAGAGACCGGGCUGCGGCAGCCAAAAACAGACUCCAGCAGCAGGUUCUGUCGCAGGGCUCCGGGCGGGUGCUACGUUCGGAGGGUGAGGGCACGCCAGAGGUGUUGGGCGUCGCCUCCAGUCCGGCUGCUAGUCUGUCCAGCAAGGCGGCUACUUCGGCCAUCUCCAUCACGUCCAGCGACAGCGAAUGCGACAUCUGAGCUGCCCACUCAUCAGGCUUAGAAACAGAAUCCAGCGUAAAAACGAGAUACACAAAAUAAAAGGAGAGACGAUGAGAACCAGCAAAUAUAGCGCUGGCAGAAGCUCAGUGGCCAGGGACCCGCCGGCCCAAGUGGUCCUGCCUGCUCCACUGCCAGCCGGCUCUAGUAGCGCUCUUCCAUCGCGACACAGAGGCCCGCGGCGAGGCCUGACCCAAUGUCACUUCUCUUCGCUUUGCUUUUUCUGAAGGAUCAGGCUGCGGAGACCUCUUUGGGACAGAACUGUAAGCUGAGCGUCUGCCCUUAAGUCUCCUGUGGGUAUUUCAUGUCUAAAGGACGCUGCUAUAUAUGUAUAACUUUUGCUUUGAAGGUUUUUUUUAAACAAAACAAAACAUAUAUAUGCUGUUUAUUUACUUAUUUAAAAGACUUCCAUGAUAGGUUUCUCUGUAGCUUGGGGAACUUGCUGUUCUAAAUGAGCAAGCUCAAUGCAUUCUGUGUGGAGAAGCCAAAUAAUAAAACAACUUGAUGGGUAACCUUUCUUAA